CUCUGCCCCGGCUCCAAGCUAACGUGCCCCUGCCUAAACUUCACUUCCGCGGCUCUACGUUGAAUGUGACUGUGUUGAAUGUUACGUGAUGAAGACAACAAAUAUUGCUUUGACUGUGAUGCCAAAGGACCAAGAUGGGCUUCAUGGAAUCUUGGAAUUUUCUUAUGUAUCCGUUGUGCAGGAUUUCAUCGGAACUUGGGGGUGCACAUAUCUAGAGUUAAAUCAGUCAAUUUAGACUCGUGGACCCCAGAACAAGUAGUUUCCCUGCAGCAAAUGGAAAAAAGCCGAGCAAGGGCAGUGUAUGAAGCCAACCUUCCUGAUACUUUUCGAAUGCCACAGACAGAUUCAACCCUGGAGGGUUUCAUAAGAGCAAAAUAUGAAGCUAAAAAACACAUAGCCAAAGAAUGGGUUUGUCCACCGACAGUGAAGGUGUCAUGGGAUGCCGAGAUUGAAAUGGAAAUGAAAGGAAAAAAGGAAGCCAAACGCAAGACCAAUGAAAGUCCUGCCACCACCCUCGAGUUUCCUCCUAGCCAACCGUCGUCACGCACUCCUCGGACUGCUGAAUCGACGUCGACAAUCAGUUCAACUUCCUCAUCAGCGGUAAAAGAAGUUAAUCUACCGGCUCCGAUCGAAGUGCCAUCCCUACCUGCACCUACCAAAACUAGCUCGGCCGCUCAAGACCUAUUAGGAUUAGAUACGGCAAUCAACAGCUCAACAGGGAAUGAUUUAUUUGGUGGAUUAUUAACCAGCUGCCACUAAUAAUGGUAGUACUAACAAUGUAAUGGGAGGAGCCUCGAAAAAUGCCGACGAAGACAGUUUUUUCAACCAGAAAACACCCAGUACAACGGAGAAACGCAUAUUGGACCAGAAUUCAUUAUUACCCUGUAUAACCAGGGCGGUGCAACCACUUCUGUUGCUGUUCCACCUAUGCAAAAUAUAUUUGCUUCUUAAGGAGUUUAUUCGACUCCUCAACCGUCAUACAUACCCAAUCCUUCAAUGAAUCAAUCGGCAUUUGGAUCGUCUCCGUCAAUGAAUCAAACAAACUGCAUGAUGGCUCUACGCUGUCGCGGUGCUACUGCACCUAGUCCCAGUCUACUGAACAGUGCCCCAGCCUACGUCAUUCAGCCUCAUCCCUUAAACAAUCUGCCCCUUCCUACAACAAUAUUUCUUUUUAUUGUAAUAUUUUUUGUGUAAUGUUUGCUUUAUUAUUAAUAAGAAGACUGUAAAUCAUUUUUGGCUCUUGUCUGUUGUUGCUCUCUCUUAAUGGAAUCUCCGAAUUCUACCAAAACACACAGUUCAAUUCAUUUGUUUGCAUUGUAUUCUUCCACUAUAUUGCUUAAAUCAAGCCAUAAAUAUCCUACAGUGGCAGACAAUACAUAAUAUUCAUUUUCCACGAA